AAAAAUGGCCGGCGCUGCCGCGUACUUCCUGUACUUGUCAUGUGAUCUUAUCCUAAGGAGAUGAUGACAGCGGUUUAACCAAUCAGAAAAGAGAGGGGAAUUCGAAAUGCGUCGCCAGCUGCAAACGGAAGAGGGUGAGUGGGAGAGGAAUGGAUUUUGCCCCCGGAGAGCAGUGUGUGUAAUGAAUAAUAAUGAUUGUGAAAACAUGACUUUGCUUUCUUCUGGCAGUACUAGAGAGUCUUCUGUGAAGGGAGAUUAUAUUAUUGAUAUUCAAAUCAAUACUAAUAAAGGAAGGAGUUUCAACAAUUUGGGAGAAGAAAUGUUGCACCCAGGCCAUCAUCCAACUGAUCGAGAGAAGAAUAGAACAUUUAUCAUUUCUGACUGUAAAAGUGUUGCAUCUCCAACAACACUAAAACCAGAGACUAAUUUAAAGCUUCAAAGAAGGGAAACUAUUGCCAAGGGGUCUCCUCAAGUGGAACAGGGACUAGACUGCAAUGGCAUUCAGUCAGACGAACCUGACAAACGCCUGACUUUACAGAGGAGGAUGAGAACUGGUUCAAUUGAAAAAGAAGACUCCAACAAGAAUCCUAAGUUAGGUGUUAAUGUCAAGACUGUUGUAGAAAAGCAAAAUGUGAAAUAUGGUUUACCACCAGCCAAAGCAGCCAGCACGGAGUGCUCCAGUCAGCCUGAAUUCAGAAGCAAGGGUUUAUGUAGCGUAAAUGGAAAACUGUACCAACCAAAAUCUAUUUUAAACAGCUUAAAAGUUGAAAAUUUGCACGUGAAUGGCACAUCAGCUGAUGUAAGGCUUCAGACUGUCAAGGCCACAAAGGGAAAGGAUUUUAUGAACAGUCCAAAUAGUUUGGGGCAUGACUUUGUAAAGGCAUCUGUACCAAAAAAUGGGUGUGUAGAUAAACAAAAAACACCAAAGAAUGGGGCCACUGGCUUGCUGAGGUCUGCAUCGAUCCGUGAUAUGAGGAGCCCUGUGUUAACCCCAAAGCGCCCAGUAGGAACUCUACCUGCUACCAAUAGGAAGAACCUUAGUACAGUUGACCAUGUAGAGAAGACCCUGGAAGCCAGUUUUCCACAUGUGAAAGAUGAGACUAGCAGCAUAAAUCCUAAUGCUGAGGAUGAUCCCCACAAGGCACAAAACUGUGCAGUGACUGUAGCAGUGAGAGUGAGACCAUUCAGUACCAGGGAAAUAAAAGAAAAUGAUAUACAAGUGGUCUCUAUGACUGGACAGGAGACCGUUGUACAACACCCUGAAUCCAAGCAAACCCACAGAUUUCAAUAUGACUUCUCUUUUUGGUCCUUUGAAAAGUCCAGUCCCAACUAUGUAGAUCAAGAAAAGGUGUAUGAGAAGCUGGCUGUACCUCUGCUCGAGUGGUCUCUCCUGGGAUACAACACCUGCUUGUUUGCCUAUGGUCAGACUGGAUCUGGAAAGUCGUAUACUAUGAUGGGUUUUGAAGAAGAAUUAGGAAUUAUACCAAGGUUUUGUGAGCAUCUGUUUUCCCGGAUCCAGAGCACAAAGCAGCAGGUGUCCUUCCAUAUGGAGAUAAGCUACUUUGAAGUGUACAAUGAGAAAAUACAUGACUUGCUGGUUUUCAAGGCAGAAAAUGGACAGAAGAAACAGCCACUCAGAGUCCGGGAGCAUCCAUUGUUGGGACCGUAUGUGGAAGAACUUUCGACAAAUGUAGUAUCUUCUUAUCAAGAUAUUCAGAGUUGGUUGGAGUUGGGGAACAAGCAGAGAGCAACUGCCGCUACAGGAAUGAAUGAUAAAAGUUCUAGGUCUCAUUCUGUGUUUACGCUCAUCAUGACCCAGACUAAGACGGAGAUUGUGGAUGGGGAAGAGCAUGACCACAGGAUUACUAGCCGGAUCAAUCUUGUUGACCUGGCAGGAAGUGAGAGAUGUACAUCAGCAAAGACCAGUGGAGAACGUCUCAAGGAAGGAGUCAGUAUCAACAAGUCACUGCUGACUCUAGGGAAAGUGAUUUCUGCUCUGUCUGAUAGCUCCCAAGCACGGAAGAAGGUUUUUAUUCCAUACCGAGAAUCUGUCCUUACUUGGUUGUUAAAAGAAAGUCUGGGAGGCAAUUCUAAGACUGCAAUGAUUGCUACAAUCAGUCCUGCUGUUGGUAACAUUGAGGAGACUCUCAGCACAUUGAGAUAUGCCAAACAGGCUCGUCUCAUCAUAAACAUCGCCAAGGUGAACGAAGACAUGAAUGCAAAACUGAUCAGAGACCUAAAAUCUGAGAUAGAGAAACUAAAAGCAGCUCAGCUAUCUGCGAAGAAUAGAGAUUCUUCCAAGUAUCGUCAUUGUCAUCAGGAAAUUACAUCGCUAAAGUUAAAACUGAGCCAGCAAGAGAAGGAGAUGUCUGAAUUACACAGGGUCUGGAAGGAGAAGCUCGAUCAAGCUGAACAGAGGAAGAGAGAGGAGACGAAGGAAUUACAGAAAGCCGGGAUCACAUUCAAGAUGGACAAUCGUUUGCCUAAUCUGGUAAACCUCAAUGAAGAUCCCCAGCUCUCUGAGAUGUUACUGUAUAUGAUAAAGGAAGGGAAGACAACUGUCGGAAAAUAUCGAGCUGGCUCAUCCCAUGACAUCCAGCUGUCUGGAGCUCUUAUAGCCGAAGAUCACUGUAUCAUCACAAACAUUGACAACACAGUAUGUAUAAGUCCUUCUGGAGAUGCUAGGACAUACGUUAAUGGAAACCAGAUUUCAUCUUCAACUGUACUGCAUCAUGGUGAUCGUGUGAUUCUGGGAGGAGAUCAUUACUUCAGGUUUAAUCACCCUGUAGAGGUGCGACGAUUAAAGGCACCAGCUACAGUUUCCAAGCUAUCUGCAGAAGGGCCCAAGGAUUUUGACUUUGCAAAGAAUGAACUUCUCAAAGCCCAGAGGUCACAGUUGGAAGAAGAGAUUGAAGAAGCGCGUUUAAGAGCAAAGGAGGAAUUGAUGCAAGAAAUCCAAAUUGCAAAGGAGAUGGCACAACACGAGCUCACCUCCCAGAGGUCUGCCUAUGAAGAUAAGAUUAGAGCUUUAGAAGUGGAGCUGAAAGAGGAGAGUCUGAGGAAGCAGCAGCAGGAGAUGAGUAGUCAAAGAGCAGCUAGUAAGAUCCAGGAGCUGGAGGAGGUGAAGAUGCACCUUCAGCAGGAGGUCCAUAUCAACAAAAAGCGACUGGAAAUGGAGGCUAUUGCAACCAAACAGGCAUUAGAAGACCACAAGAUUAGACAUGCCAAGAUUCUGCAAGCUCUAGAAGACGAGAAACAAAAAAUUGCUAAAGAAGUGCAGAUGCUUCAGCAAGAGAAGAAUAUCAGUGGCAGGAAUGCAUCUGUUAAUCCAACAUGGAACUCCUUGAAGCUCUCGGUGAUGAUUCAGGAAGCAAAUACCAUCAGCGCCAAGCUUCGGAAACACACUGUGUUCAGUAGACGUGAUGUGACGAAUAAAGAAAACCUGCCUGGAAAUGCUUUAGAAAUCCAGGUCAAAAAUAUCAAGCUGGGCAUCGUAAUGUUCUGGAGCGUGGAGAAAUUUGAGUAUAAACUGGCUGCCAUGAAGGAUUUGUAUGAGAAUAAUGGGAGUACAAAGGAUGAUGAUGAUGUGUUUUAUGAUCCUGGAGAUGAAUGGGAGCCAGAUCUAUCAAAAUCAUCAAUAUCCAAUUUCUCAAGGCGCAGAAGUAAAAGUCUGAUGAGGAAUAAGAGGAUUUCUGGAUGUCUGUAUGAAAUAAGAGUUCAUCCCAUUCAAAGCUUACAGUCUGGACAUUCAUCAGGUUUGAUGAAUAAAUCCAGCAGUUUUCUGAGCAAGUCCAGCAGCAGCGUGUGUUCAAAUCCCACUGAUUCCCAUCUCCCUGGAAUCUGCAAGGACCUAAUAGGAUCUGCACUGGAUUACCUUGGCCAAUGUCAUGCAGACGAACGAAACCUUGCCGACAGUCUGAUCCACUGUGUACAGAUAGUGUGUACUGGAGUCCAUGCUGUGUCUCAGGCAUAUGAGCAGCAGGAUGAGGACAGCACUGAUGCUUUGUUCUUGGUUAAUCAUGCGGCUCAAACACAUAGCGUGCGGCUGACCUCUGCCUUUCAACAGCUGGUUGUAUUAACCAAACAUUGGUUGGAGCUUUUCCCAGAUAGUCGGGAGACUUCAAAGGUUGUGGAUAGCUUGGCCCUGUACAUUAAAAAGCUGGGAGGAUACCUGCAGCUGCUCUUACAGGGCUGCUGCUCUGAUAUAUUGGCCAUGGUUACAGAGGCAAAAGGAAAAGCCAAUCACCUAGUUGAGCAGAUACUACAAAGCAUUGGAAACCUGGCUGCACUGACUGCCAUUGAUUUGCAUCUUCCAGAGGAGGAAAGAACAGAGGAACAUGGUCUCCAGAAGUCUAUCACUGACAUACUGUACAGUGGGAUGCUUUUUGGAUUAGAAAGCCUCAUUGACUGUGGAUUGAAGGCUUCAGAUGGGAUGCAGACAGAUAUUCAGAGAUGCUGUGUUCAUGAAGAGGUUCUUCUAGACCUCAAGAAGAGUUCUAACUCUUUAGCUUCCUUCAUCCAGAGCAGUCUAAUAAGUUGUAAGAAGCUAAACCUGGACAUGCUGAUCCGAGACUCUGAUGUUAGUGUUAGGCACUCCCUAUAUACAGGGCUGUGGAAUCUGAAAAACGGUGUGGAUUUACUGCGGAACACAGUCAUUUCACUGCUGAAAGGCUCAGACACAGACGCCUCACACAUUCUCUCCUCACUGAAUGACAUUAAUUCAUCUGCAAGUGAAAUAAACAAAAGCUUUCUCGCAUUGUCAUUGCAAGUGAUCAGCCUGACAGAGCUUAGAGUCUUGUCAGAAGCUCUCUCAGGUGCCCUUCACAAGAGAGACUGUGACCAGCCUUCUGUACGCUCGUCAGAUGCACUCACUUCCUGCGUGUUCUCCCCAAGCAGCAUACAAUGGGUGUAACACUCAUUUACUAUGUAUAAUAAUAAGCAUUAUAAACGUAAUACGGUUUUACAGAAAUUUGCACUGCAUGCUUGCUUCAUCUGUAUAGAGAUAACCUUUUUGUAUAGCUCUUGUGUAUAUAUGUGUUUGUUUGUUUGUUUGUUUGUUUUUGUUUUUUUUUUUUUUUUUUCAUUUUUGAACCAUAAAGUCAUAUUUAUAGAACAUAAGAUUGACAAGAAUCCCUGCUAUAUGUGGAUAUCUGAAUUCUAAUGACCUUUCUUGGUGUAUAUGUAUGUGCUCUGCCAGCACAGAGAGGGAAUAAAAUACUGUACAUGUGUAAAUAAUGUAACUGCUCUUCACAUGUUGCCUACUGCGCUCUUUAUUUAUACUGUGAUAACGCCUAUGGGAAAUAAGAAGAAAAAAAAUAAAGCAUUAAAACCUC